GACAAGUUGUCUUGAGCUUUUAUUUUAACUUUCAUCGGUUGCUGAUUAUGAUGAUGCCUUGUUUCUGAUUACAUCGUCAAAUGUUAAUCAAGUUAAUUGUAAUUCUUGUAAACUCUUUUCCAACGAUUAAAUCUAAUAGAUAAUCUUUUUUACUUGUGAUCUGUGAUAAAAGCCACUUGCGAUUUAAUCACGUAUUUGUUUCAUUCCAAUGAAACUGAAAUGUGAUUUUCAACCAACAUUGGGUCAAAAAGUAUUCAAAUACAAACCAUUUAGUGUUAUUUUCGGGAACCGUUUCAGUCUUAUUUGUGUCUUGAGAUGAUACUGAUUGGGUAAAGUGGAUAUUUACCUGAUUGAAACCUUGAAACAGAUUGAUUAAUAAUUUAUUUUCCUUACCAAUAUUUAUCACAAUCAACUCAUCAUUUCUCAUCGUCCUUCAGGAUUACCAAUAUCAUCUUCGUGCUUGUGUCUAAAUCUUUCCCAAUAUUUAAUAGUGUUUUUGCAAAAAGUGUAACAAAAUGUUAUUUUCAUUGAUUAAAGCGGACAAAAGACUGUUUUCAAGUCCGAUAGGACCUAAAUCAGUAUUGAAAAUGGUUAAAAGUAAUUUUAGUUCAAAUUUGAAUGGAUUGAAAAGAUUAAGCCAUCUAAAUUCAUUGAAAAGAUUUUAUUCAAAUGGAUUGGAUGAAUCAAGUAAUGCAAGGAUUUUGGCCAUUCGUCGUGAAGAUGCAUCAAUUUGGGAGAGAAGAGCUCCAUUAGCGCCAUUCCAUGUUCGUAAAUUGGUCCGUAAAGGUGUUAAAGUAGUCGUUCAACCAUCUAACCGUCGUGCUUAUCCCUUACAAGCCUAUGUCAAUGCUGGAGCUCAAGUCCUUGAGGAUAUUUCCGAUGCUCCAGUCGUUAUUGGUGUUAAACAGCCACAAAUUGACAACAUUUUACCAAAUAAAACGUAUUGUUUCUUCUCGCACACACAUAAAGCUCAAGAAGAUAACAUGCCUUUAUUGGACAUUGUCCUCGAAAGGAAUGUGCGUUUAAUUGAUUAUGAACGAAUGGUUGAUGCAAAAGGAAACCGUGUUGUUGCUUUUGGUCGGUAUGCUGGAAUCGCUGGAAUGAUCAAUACUUUCCAUGGACUUGGACUUCGGUUAUUAGCUUUAGGUCAUCAUACACCUUUUAUGCAUGUUGGUCCUGCUCAUAAUUAUCGUAACUCAGGAAUGGCUCGUCAAGCAGUACGUGACUGUGGCUAUGAAAUUGCUUUGGGAAUGAUGCCUCGUUCAAUUGGUCCAUUAACAUUUGUCUUCACAGGAUCGGGAAAUGUAUCUCAAGGUGCUCAGGAAAUUUUCAGAGAGCUUCCUUAUGAAUAUGUUGAUCCGAAAGAUUUGGCUCAAGUCUCUCAAAUGGGAACAACAAACAAAGUGUAUGCCUCGGUUGUUUCCCGAGAUAAUCAUUUAUGCCGAAAAGAUGGUGGACCUUUUGAUUCAAAGGAGUACGACGAAUAUCCUGAGAGAUAUUAUUCCAAUUUUGCGACCAAGAUUGCUCCGUAUGCUUCAGUAAUUGUUAAUGGAAUCUAUUAUGCUCCAAAUUCACCAAGAUUGUUAACUAUUCCAGACGCUAAAAGGCUACUUCAUCCAGUUAGUUCACCUUGGUUGCCCUGUUCACAGGGUAGUCCAGCUUUGCCUCAUCGAUUGAUUGCUAUUUGUGAUAUCUCUGCCGAUCCUGGAGGUUCAAUUGAGUUUAUGACUGAAUGUACAACAAUAGAUACUCCUUUCUGUUUAUAUGAUGCUGAUUACAAUAAGCACAGUGAAUCUUUUUCUGGUCCAGGAGUUUUGGUCUGUUCAAUUGAUAAUAUGCCAACACAAAUUCCGUUGGAAUCAACUGAAGCUUUUGGCGAUGUACUUUUCCCGUACAUUUUUGACAUUAUUCGAUCUGAUGCAAAUAAAGAUCUUGAACAAGAAAAUUUCAAUCCUGUUGUCAAGACUGCUGUUAUCGCUUCCAAUGGUAAACUUGCUCCUAGUUACGAGUAUAUAAUGGAUUUAAGGAUGGCUCGUGGAGUGCAAAAGAAAAUGGAUGCAACAAAGUCAGUGCUUGUCCUCGGUGCUGGUUAUGUGUCUAAACCUUUGGUCGAGUAUUUAACUCGUGAUGAAAAUAUUCAUGUUACCAUCGCCUCUGAACUUCAUGGUCCAGGUGAAGAUUUGGCCUCCAAAUCUAAAAAUGUUUCAUCCGUAGUCUUGGAUAUUGUUAAACGAUCUGAUACUUUGGCUGAGUUAAUCAACCAGUCUGAAUUGGUUGUAAGUCUUCUUCCGUACUCUCUUCAUCCAUUGGUUGCCAAACAAUGUAUUGAAAGUGGUAAAAACAUGGUGACUGCGAGUUAUGUUUCACCAGAAAUGGAAUCACUUCACGAACACGCAAAAAAGGCAGGAAUAACAAUAAUGAAUGAAGUUGGUCUAGACCCAGGAAUUGAUCAUCUUUUAGCAAUGGAGUGUUUUAACCAGGUAACAUCAAAUGGAGGUAGAAUCAAAUCUUUUGUCUCUUAUUGUGGUGGUUUGCCAGCUCCAGAGGCAGCAGAGAAUCCGUUGAAAUAUAAAUUCAGUUGGAAUCCAAGAGGGGUUCUGCUCAAUAGUUUAUCAGGCGCUCUUUGGGAAGAGUUUGGACAAAUCAAGGAAAUCAAACCUGGUGGCGAUUUAAUGAGUGCAGCACUUAAAUUAGACUUCCUUAGCGGGUUCAAUCUUGAAGGUUACCCAAAUCGAGACUCAACGAUUUAUAAAAAACUUUACGGAAUCAAUUCAGCUGACACUAUUUUAAGAGGAAGUUUAAGGUACCAAGGUUAUUGUGACACAAUGAUAGGAUUGCAAAAACUUGGUCUCUUCGAUUCGCGCGCACAUCCAUCCUUGCAUCCACGAGGUCCUGACAUAACUUGGCGUCAAUUUAUGUGCCAUUUAUUUGCUCAAAAGGAAGAUAUUUUGAUAACAAAUUUGAAAAAUUUGAUUCUUGAGAGAUUAGGAUCGCAAACUCGGCUUGAUUCCAUCGAGAAACUUGGAUUCCUAGAGGAUGAGCCAAUAGACAAAAAAGGUUCACCAUUAGACACAGUAACACAUCUUUUAGCAACAAAAUUAGCCUUUGGUCCUGAUGAGAGAGAUGUGAUAAUAAUGAGACACAACAUCGGCAUUGAAUGGCCAAAUGGAGAAUUGGAAAAUCGUUACAUCAACUUGGUUGUCUAUGGAGAACCAAACGGACCUUCAGCUAUGGCCAGAUGUGUGGGUUAUCCAGCAGCCAUCGCAUCUAAGAUGAUUUUAGAAGGUGAAAUUCAAAAGAAGGGAAUCGUUCUACCUUUGGUUCCGGAAAUUUACAACCCUAUGUUAAAAAGAUUGCGCACUGAAGGAAUAUUUGCAAUUGAAAGAAGUGAAAAAAUAUAAGCAUUUGUAACCAUUAGCUAGUUUUCAAAAUUCAAGAAAUAAACUUUUCAACGACAAACAAA